AUGAUCCUGCUCUUCGCCCUCCUCAAAGUGAUCGAGGAGGGCAGCCACAUGGUCAUGAUGGAGUGCCCCGACACCGUCAACACGCUGCUGCACGAGUUCUUCCUGUGGGAACCAGACCAGACCAGCAAGAACCAGUCCAACAAGAACCAGUCCAGCAAGCCCCAGACCACCACCAGUAUGACCACAGAGAAAACCCUGACCUUAAGCAGCACUUACCAGACGCUCAGAAUCUCAAAAUCCGGAGACAAAUAA